UCACGGAGUCUGGUUGGGCACGCGCACGCAGGCAGGGGGAACUUGCUGGUCGUCCAGUUGGCAAACUGACGAAGUUGUCUUCGGAAACUUGAAGGCUCAAAACAAAACCACUAUGACUUCGACGAACAUGUUUCAGGGGUUGGAAUCGGGCGCAAAACCAAGCUCAAGGGUGUUGCAGCCUCCUGGGGGUGGCUCCAGUAACCUGUUUGGUGGCUACGAGGAUGAUUCUGCAGCAACGAGAAGACCUAAUAAGAUGGCCUCUAAAGUUUUUGCUCCACCAGAAGAGCCCCAGAGUGUACCGAAACGCUCCAACCCUCCAGGUCAGACCAAGCCGCCAGGGCUAAUGGAUGUGCAGAGGCAGAGCAGUCAAAGCAUCAUGUCCCAGGGCGGGAAGAGUAGUGGAAUAUUUGGUGAACCUGAAGCUCCAGCUCAACCACAGAGACCCGUACCUCCAGGUGGACCCACCAGCAACAUAUUUGGGGCUGCAGAAAGUGCACCUGUCCAAAGCCCGAGCCGAAGCCACCCAAAUAAGCCAAAGGACAAUCUAAGUGUGGGAGCUGAACCUGAAUCACCAGCACCUGAACCCAAGGUGAGCCUGCCUGAGGUGAAGGAAGAACCUGCCCCUCCAGCUCCUGCCCCAGUCAAGGAAGAGCCUGCUCCUGUCUCAGCCCCUCCAGCACCUGAGCCCACCUCCACCUCUACCCCCACCACCACCACCACCACCGAGACCGCUGAUGAUGGUUCGCUGAAGAACCACGAGCCUCACCUUGGACCCAGGCCUCGCUCUCACAACAGGGUCCUCAACCCCCCCGGAGGAAAGUCUAGUGUGGUAUUCUACUGAUCAGCUGAGCACACGCCCAGUUUGUGUCCAUACACUCCUUGUCUGCUCCCCUGUCCAUCUUCUCUCAUUCCUACUCCCCUCUCCUGAUGGUUAUGCCACCUGUACAUCUGAACACAGACCAGAAUUUUUUGUUGUUCACACCAGAUUCCUGGUCUCGAUAUUUUGUCCUCAGCUUCUUGCACUUUCAGCUCUGUCUGACUCUCAGCUCUUUGUCGUUAUAUUCUUCUUCACUGAAACUUGCAGUCAUACAAUCACCAACAAGUCAAUCGACUGGCUAGCUAUUAUCCAAUCACUUUAACUGUCCCACUCUUCAAUCUCUAUUUUGCGGUUCCUGUUUUCACUGUUUGUGUUUGAAGCAUGUGUAAAUGUAGGUCGGUUGAAGGCACAAUUUUCAGAUUUUGAAAACAUUUUUUUGCAUCUCUAGAAUGGUUUAGACGUUGGAACAUGUACAACUUUUAGCUUUAAACAGACCUAAAUUCUGAUGAUUUGGUGUAGCUAAAAUCUAUGCAUAAAGAUUCAUGGCAGACAUGUGCGGAAAUUUCAGGGUGCUUGUUUUAAGCCUUAACGCGUUCAGUGAGGGGAGGGUGAACAGAUCUUCUCACCGAUGUCAAAUGUUUCAGGGAGUUCCACUAGUGCUACGUUUUUUAGCGCUGCCAGAUCCUCAUCGGAUGUCUUUAGGAAAAAUAUCGCAGAAUGCGUCACUGUAUAAUCAGAAGCCUUAUUUCCGCUUAGCAUAUUCCAUCUUUCUUGCCUAAUCAUUAAUUAUUCCCAAAGCAAUAUGUGUAGAACAUUAAUGAUCUGCUGUCGGAUCACAAUCAAAUCAUAAAUAGAUGCCAAAAAUUGACUAGAACUAAAACAAAGAUGAAUGCUGUUUACUCCCAAAAGUUUCUGCCUCCUUAAAGAAAUUCCAUUUUGAUUUUAUGCGAAUGUAUUGUGCAGGUACUUUUCUGCUUUGUCCUCAUUGCUUGCUUGCUUUAUCCGAGAACAUGCCUUUUUCUUUGUUGCUUGGGGUAGGCCUCUGUUUAUGUUUUAAAUUAAAACGGCUGAAGACAAGUGAACUCUGGACAAGCGCGUGGCCUAUCUGAGUCCAGGUGGGCUCAUCGUUAAUCACGUUUUCACCCACAUCAUGACGCACAUUCAUGGUAUUCUGGUGCCGGCCUGUCCCCUCUGUGUUGAUGUGCCUGGCAGGCAAUGAGCGCAGCAGAAGGAAGAAAUCCUGUGUAUUGCAAUAAAACUGUUGUUUUGCAUUUAGA